AAUUGAUCCGUCAAUAAUUCUCUGAAAUAAUACAACUCGAUGAACUGAUCUAGUAUUACCCUAAGGCCAAAGGUCGUUAUAUCAUCGUCUUACCCUUCUUAAGUCGUUCUCCAAUGAUCCGACUAAACAAGUAAACCUUUUAAAUCUUAGUGUCACUCACUGCCUUUACAAUGUGGACCAUAGAAAAUGGAGAGCUUUUCGACGGUAGACAACCGUGUUGUUCAGAACUUCUUCCAGGAGAAUACUAAAACCAUACAGGGAAAAAGCUAUGGCUCGUUCCCGGAAAGAAAUACCUAUUUGGUAGAACUGUUUCGGAACGUUUGUUUGCCCAUCUUCUUCUACUUGUAACUCAGCUGACGAAGUGCAAGCUGGACAAAUCGAAAUCGCAGAUAAAUCAGUCUCAAGACGGCAUCUGACAAUAGAGAUUGGAACUGUUGGUCCUGAUGAUUGCGUAAGUCCCCGACUGAGUUAGGAUUACAGACUAUGCUGAUGUUCCUAUCAAGGGAAAUCCCAAAAGCCGGUCCAAAAUCACUCUGACCGAUCUCAACACUAAAGUUGGUACUGUCGUGAACGAAGUGCAAAUUAGGGGAAAAGGUGGCUAUGAAAUGACCAGUGACGUGAAUGAAAUAUGCAUAGGGAAAUACAAGACUUUGUUCCGGUAAGAACUAUUCUUAAUUACUUUGGCAUGAGUGACACUGAUUAUCUAGCAUCACUUGGCAUCCCGUUGUACUAUCAUUUUCGUUCUCUUCAAAAGAAUUGAAAGCAAAACCUCUCGAAGCGCUUUAUGCAACAUUUGGCCCACUCGACAUUAAAGUUCUGACGGAAUAUGAACGUGAUGCAACAACUCAUGUUGUUGUCAAGAAGCGCAAUACCGCUAAAGGACUUCGAGCUUUGAUUAAUGGAAAGUACAUUGUAGAUAACGAUACAUUUAUCAAAGCAAUUGUUGAUGCUACUACUCCAGGGCCGAAUGGUACUUCUUUGCAGGAAGAUUUUGAAAGAAACUUUCCAGAUGCUGCUCAAUACCUUCCCGAGCGCGGCUCAGAACCUACAGAUGAACCAGCAAGUGCCUAUGCUCCCGAUCCAUCGAGGGAAAGUAUGUUCGAUGGUUAUACUUUUGUGUUUUACGAUAAAGCCCAGUUCGAGACUCUUCUAGCACCCAUUACAGAUGGACGUGGUAAAGCUCUUUUUCGUGAAGUCACACCUUUACAGACGCCAGUCGAUGAGUUUGUAAGAUAUGUAAAAAAUGUCGCAGGAGAGAAAGGGGUGGGUGAAUUCGAAGAUGGGAGUGAAGGAAAGGGCGUUGUAGUUGUAGGGUUCUAUCCAACGAAAGGAGAUGGUGUUGAAUGGUUCCAAGAUUUCGCUAGGCAAGUUGCUCUAAAUCUGGAUCAACGACUUAUUGUGCAGAGUGAAUUCUUGGAUGCAAUACUUAAGAAGGAUGCAAGCCUAUUAAGGAGGCCUCUAGAGGUCGAGAUGUCUGGAGUUGUCGCUUCUAUACCUGGUAAGUUUUUAUCAAGUUAGAUAUGGUGAUGAAUUUACUGACAACAAUAAGCAACAAACACAAAUGCGAGCAGAACAGAAGAGGUGCCUUCCAAGCCUAAUCCAGUUGCAGCUCCUAAUUCGAGCCUGGUUGCACCAUCUCAAACUACUCCGCCUGGUGCAUCGAUCACAGCUUCGGUUCCCAAGGAUGCGGUCUCACAGGAUACUCAAUUUCGAAGAGGUAGAUCAAGAAGAGCUGUAACUAGUCGUUUCAGUGGAUUUGACGAUGACGACGAUGAUGAUCCUCUACCAGCUCCUGCCUCUCUAGCUCCCAUACCUGAAACUAUGGUAGUGACACAAGAAAUCCCUGAGGAAUCGCAAGGUCUUUUUGUCUCCCAAGAUCCCAACCGCGAACCUGAUAGCUACCGCGCGUUUUCCCAAUCCGUUGAACCUGAAGAGCAAUCUCAAUCAACACAAGCAACACGAUCAAGUAGAAAAAGACCUGCACCUCCUAUCGUCCAAGAAAAAUCGUACAUGGAUAGUUUCGCGCCCACCACCGCAUCUUUCAAACGACAACGUCGAGAAAGAGGCGAACCAACACCACCGCCUCAAUCGAUCAAAAAAGAAGUUGUAGCCCCCGAGCCAGUAAAGAAGAAAGAAAAAAAAGAAGUCGACAUCCUAGCCCUGGCAGGGCAGCAACGCGAACGCGCUGAAGCUGCUGCAAGAGCUGAAGAGGAAUCAUUAAAACAGGCUGUCUCCACAAUUGAUGUUGAGGAAAUGCGCAGGUUGACAAUAGUUGAGGAUAUGGAAGUGAAGCGUUCUAAGCCAGCACCAAAAACAACACUACAUGUGGAUGAAAGUGAGCGAUGGGAUGAUAAAUGGAACGGGCGAAAGAAUUUCAAGAAGUUUCGCCGAAAAGGUGCGGGGGAUGGGCCAGUAAGAGCUCGCGCUAGGGUCAUUGUACCGCUUGAGGAGGUUAAGAAGAAGGAUCAUGGAUUUGGAGAUGAUUACUGGGGAUUAGGCGGAGACGAUAACGACACACAGCGAAGAAGAAAGAAGGGCAAAGGAAAAGAAACAAAAACUCAAGAAGAAACCCAGGAAGUAGAAGAACCCAUCUCAUCAUCUCGCUCCAAGGCUAAACCCAAAGCCAAAACGAAAACACAACAACGAGAAAUCACUUCCGAAAACGAAGACGAGGAACUCCCUGAAAAUCCAAUGCAUGCUCGCUCUCGCAUCCCAAGCGAAACCCCAGAAAUCAUCCCAGAAUCAGACGACGAAAAUGUGCAUAAUAGUAAUUCAAAUUCAUCCCGUCCCAAUCCAAUAGAUACACAUGUAUCUACAGCACGCAGCUCCGGAGCAUCAACGACGCAGGGUUCUGGUUUGCGGAGUGGUUUGCGUGGGAAUAGGAAUGCGAGGGAGAGUGAUGGGGAUCGGGAUCGGGAUAAUAAUGUUGCGGCGAGUGGAAAUAAGAGGACGGCGUCCAAUACGCUUGUGAAGGGUGGUUCUGCUAAGAGGACUAGAAUGGCGCCCUCGGUGAGGAAGGUGCAGAGUGAGAGUGAGGAGGAGGAUGAGGAUCGGUUUACGUUUAGGUAGGGAUUGGGGUUGGGGUAGGGGUUGGAGGGGAGGAUAUGAAGGGAAGGAAAGGGAAGGGGUGGUUUUAAUGAGGUAUGGAGUACACGGGAGAGUGGCCUGAAAUAGUCAUCAGGGGUGUAU